UGUUUAAUAUCAAGUCUAAACUUACGAGGACUGUACUAUCUUAAAGAACAACAUAACAUUACAUGGUUUGUAACAUUAAAAGGAUUUUUGUUUUUCGAUAUAUUUCAUAUCCUGUAGUAUACAGAACAAAACUGUGAAUAAACUUCAAAGAGCAGCAAUGAUUGGAUACACCACAGCAUUGUAUGCUUUGGUCGCCGCAACAUUAGUAAUUGCUGGCCAAGACGAACUCGUGAAAUGCACUCCGGGUGUAUAUGAGAUCAUCGGAAAGGUCGACUGUACGGGCUACUUCUUGUGUGUGUUCGGUAAGGCCAUUGAGAUGCCGCCUUGUCCAUCUGGCGCUGUGUUCAGCUUCACCUCCAGAGUUUGUGUACCUAAAGGUUCUAUUUACGAUGACUGCAAGAAAACAACAGAUAGAAGCGGCAGCAAAACGACCGUAUCGCCUGAUCGAGGGCAUCUUAGCCCAGAGGAACGAUGUAAUUUAGACGGUGGCGUGUUCCCUCACCCCACAGAAUGCCAAGUCUUCUACAACUGUAGUGUCCGUUACACACCAGAGAUUCCCCGAUUCUUUGAACAACAUCUGGUUGAAUGUCCGUACCCCCAGCUGUUCAACACAGAGACCAAACAAUGUGACCAUUUUGAGAAUGUCAAAUGUGGAACCAGGACGGAAUUUAAAAAUGGAUGUCAAUACAAAAGCAAUAUGUGCGGCAGUUCCCAUUGUAUCCCUUGUAACGUCCGACUACCAAGCUGUGUAGGUAAACGUGAUGGAAUAAACGUGCACCCAGUCAAACUAUGGAGUCCAUUCUACGUCGUUUGUUACAAGGAGCGCACAGUCAAAGAGGAUCGAUGCCAAGUUGACGAAAACGGUCGAACACAGUUAUUCCAUCCGGAAAAGAACGAAUGCGUUUCAUUGGAUAUGAUUCCUCGAGCACAUGGAGGAAUAAUGCCCGAAUGCGGUACAAAAGUAGACGGGUUUUAUCUGGACGAUUUCGGACGAUGUGAUCGUUACGUUCAUUGCCAGGGAGGAAAAUACAUUGGCACGAUCAAAUGUGCUGUAGGAGAAGCGUUUGAUGGUAUGAAAGGCGGAUGCGUUCCGAAAGAGAAAGCAUGUGGACCCUGUGGGAGACUCGUACAUUGCUAAAAAGGUUGCUAGAAUGAUGCUCAUACUCAAAUCGAUAAAGAUGGACGAAGUAUGGAAUCGCCAAGACCAACAUGACCCGUUCUUCUGAUUCAAAGAAGAAUCAUGCCACGUGACGUCACGUGAUAAUACUAUCUAAAUUGACUGUGAUAUGUUUAACAGUGUGUACCGAUAGACUUUCUAAAAUACUGAAACACUAUGUGGUUACAAUUUAGUUUGCAUUUUGAUGAGGAUAUGUUUAAAUAAAUUACUGAUACCGACGUUACAUAUAUAUUUUAUUAUGUUAACUGUUUGUUUAUAAGUGUCUUUGCUCAAAUUUAUCAUACAGUGAAUGUGUGCUUCUUUAACUCUGUGAUAUUUAUAUUAAUUCAAAUAUAUUAUAAAAAAAGUAACUUAUGAAUAUAUAUAUAUAUAUGCAGCAUGGACAAUGAAAGGUUAGCUGAUGGGAUAAAACGUAGAAGAAUAGCCGAUUUAAAACAUUAUUUAUGUUUAGAUACAAUGCAUUAUACAUUCAUUAUGAAAAAUGAACAUUUAUUUGCAAAUAGUUUGUGAAAAUUCAUUACAUUAUCAAUGUUGUUUGCCAUGUUCAGUGCAUUUGAAAUCCAUGCGUUUCUUAAAUAAAACUGAGAAACUCG